AAAUCCACCACCGAUGAAUGCGCCAAAUCCACCACCGAUGAACGCGCCAAAUCCACCACCGAUGAAUGCGCCAAAUCCACCACCGAUGAAUGCGCCAAAUCCACCACCGAUGAACGCGCCAAAUCCACCACCGAUGAAUGCCCCAAAUCCACCACCGAUGAAUCCGCCAAAUCCAUCAUCGAUGAAUGCGCCAAAUCCAUCAUCGAUGAAUGCGCCAAAUCCACCACCGAUGAAUCCGCCAAAUCCACCACCGAUGAACGCGCCAAAUCCACCACCGAUGAAUGCGCCAAAUCCACCACCGAUGAAUGCCCCAAAUCCACCACCGAUGAAUCCGCCAAAUCCACCACCGAUGAAUGCGCCAAAUCCACCACCGAUGAAUGCCCCAAAUCCACCACCGAUGAAUCCGCCAAAUCCACCACCGAUGAAUGCGCCAAAUCCACCACCGAUGAAUGCCCCAAAUCCACCACCGAUGAAUCCGCCAAAUCCAUCAUCGAUGAAUGUGCCAAAUCCAUCAUCGAUGAAUGCGCCAAAUCAACCAUCGACGAAUGCGCCAAAUUCAUCAUAGUUGGAUGCGCCUAAGGCCUAAGACAACAAGUUAACCAUCAAUAUCUACGCCAAUGCCAAUGUCUAUUCUGUGCCAAUGGAUCUGUCGUUGUGCAAUUCCUACCAAAUCACCUAAUUAGGAAACUAGUUUAGUCUUAUCUUAACAAAUUUUUGAAUUGUCGUAUUGAAAUUGAAACAAAUAAAAGUAUAUAGCUUUUGAAAGAUAUGUUAAAAUGUCUAUCGAAAUGUUAUCUUUUCUUGCAUUACCUAUAUACUUUUAUUUGUUUUAAUUACAAUACGACAAUCCAAACACAAUUGUUAAGAUAAGACUAAACUAGUUUCUUAAUAGAGUGAUCUUGUAGAAAUUGCUUUAUUAUAAUCAAGCCAAAGUGCAUAACUGAUGUAUGAUGUACACCUAACAACAAGAUUUUCCUUAAGGCUAAAAAUAGUUUUGAACUAACACGACUAUCAUGUAAUUGUUUUAAUAUAUAUUAUGCUUCUAAAAAUAUAAAGUUAUUGUAUCCGUCA